ACUCUCAUCAUCAUCAUCAUCAUCAUCUUUCUUCCUUCUUCUCACCUUUUCAACAAAACAAACAACCCUCUUCACAACCGCCAAAAUGGUCAAGGUUCUUGCAGUUCUCUACGACGGUGGCCAGCACGCCAAGGAUCAACCCCUCCUUCUCGGAACAACUGAGAACGAGCUCGGCAUCCGCAAGUGGCUCGAGGACCAAGGUCACACUCUUGUCACCACUUCCGACAAGGACCGUGAGGGUUCCAAAUUCGACGAGGAGCUCGAGGAUGCUGAGAUUAUCAUCACCACUCCCUUCCACCCUGGUUACCUGACCGCUGAGCGUCUGGCCAAGGCCAAGAAGCUCAAGCUCGCUGUUACCGCUGGUAUCGGCUCCGACCACGUCGACCUCAACGCUGCCAACAAGACCAACGGCGGUAUCACCGUUGCUGAGGUCACUGGCUCCAACGUCGUCUCUGUUGCUGAGCACGUUCUCAUGACCAUCCUCGUCCUCAUCCGCAACUUCGUCCCUGCCCACGAGCAGAUCGAGGCUGGUGAGUGGGACGUCGCCCAUGCUGCUAAGCAGGAGUUCGACCUUGAGGGCAAGGUUGUCGGCACUGUCGCUGUCGGCCGCAUCGGUGAGCGUGUCCUCCGCCGCCUCAAGCCUUUCGACUGCAAGGAGCUCCUCUACUUCGACUACCAGCCCCUUUCCCCCGAGGCUGAGAAGGAGAUCGGCUGCCGCCGCGUCGACACUCUCGAGGAGAUGCUCGCUCAGUGUGAUAUUGUCACCAUCAACUGCCCUCUCCACGAGAAGACCAAGGGUAUGUUCAACAAGGACCUCAUCUCUAAGAUGAAGAAGGGUUCUUACCUCGUCAACACCGCCCGUGGCGCCAUCGUUGUCAAAGAGGACGUCGCCGCUGCCCUCAAGUCUGGUCACCUCGCCGGUUACGGUGGUGAUGUCUGGGACCACCAGCCCGCUCCCAAGGAGCACCCUCUGCGAAACGCCAAGAACAACUGGGGCGGUGGUAAUGCCAUGGUUCCUCACAUGUCUGGUACCUCUCUGGAUGCUCAGAUCCGAUACGCCAACGGUACCAAGGCUAUCAUCGACUCUUACCUGUCUGGUCGCCACGACUACAACCCUCACGACCUCAUUGUCCACCAGGGUGACUACGCCACCAAGGCUUAUGGUCAGCGUGAGAAGAAAUAGAUGUAUUCAUAAAGGAAGAAACGAUAUGUACAUGAUGAUGAAUAGUUUUGGAUCAACUGCAUUAUAGACGCGGGUCAAAAGUAAUCAGCGCUGCAGAUAAUACAAUUUGUUAAAGUUAAACCUUCUCUCUCUUUCAGUGACCAAUUGUAUGAAC